AUGGACAAGCCCACAACCAUUAAGGAAGCCAUUAAAAAAUGGGAGGAGAAAACAGGACAGAAAGCAUCGGAAGCAACGGAAGUAAAACUUUAUGGACAGUACCCACCAAUAGAAAAAAUGGAUGCUUCACUCUCUACCUUGACUAUGUGCGAAAAACUAUCACUUUCAACUAACUGUAUAGAGAAAAUUUCGAAUUUAAAUGGACUAAAAAACUUGAAAAUACUCUCUCUAGGAAGAAACAACAUUAAAAAUCUAACGGGACUUGAACCAGUUGGGGACACACUUGAGCAAUUAUGGAUUUCAUAUAACAGUAUUGAAAAGAUGAAGGGGAUUAAUGUACUUAAAAAACUAAAAGUACUAUAUAUGUCAAACAACUUUGUGAAAGAUUGGAGUGAAUUUCAGAAGCUGGCUGACCUUCCAGUCCUUGAGGACCUCCUUUUCGUUGGUAACCCGUUGGAGGAGAACAGUGGUGACAACUGGAGAGAAGAAGCGUGUAAAAGGCUUCCCAAACUUAAAAAGCUGGAUGGUGUACCAGUACUACAUGAUGAAGGAGAUGAUGAAGGAUAG